AUGUUGUCACCUGCUUUUCUUCUUUCAAUCUUCUUGAUUCUAUGCAACUCCCAUUUCAUAGUUCAUGUAGCUUCUUUAAACGAUGAAGGCUACACUCUUUUAACCUUCAAACAGUUGAUUACACAAGACCCUGAAGGAUCUUUAAACAACUGGAACUAUUCCGAUGAAACCCCUUGUUCAUGGAAUGGCAUUGCAUGCAAAGAACUAAAAGUAAUUUCCGUUAGUAUUCCCAAGAAAAAGCUUCUAGGGUUCAUAUCUCCUGUUCUUGGAUCUCUCUCUGAGCUCAGACAUGUUAAUUUGAGGAGCAAUAAGUUCAUGGGUGCUUUGCCUAUCGAGCUUUUCAGAGCCGAAAAGCUUCAAAGUUUGGUUCUAUACGGCAAUUCUUUAUCUGGGUCUCUCCCAGAUGAAAUCAGCAGACUUAGUUACCUCCAAACCCUAGAUUUAUCAAGUAAUUUCUUCAAUGGGUCGAUUCCCAUUUCAUUGAUUCAAUAUUUUGGAAACUUGUCUAAUUUGCAAGGAACUGUCGACUUAUCUCAUAAUUUCUUCAAUGGUUCAAUCCCAUCUAGCCUCGGUAAUCUUCCUGAAAAAGUUUACAUCGAUCUCACUUACAAUAACUUGACUGGUCCAAUUCCUCAAAACGGAGCUCUCGUCAACCGUGGCCCCACAGCGUUCAUCGGAAACACUGGCUUAUGUGGUCCGCCAUUAAAGAACCUCUGUUCUCCAAACGACGCAAGUUCACCUUCUUCAUUUCCAUACCUCCCUACCAACAAUCCUUCCGAUUCAUCUCCCGAAAAGGGUCGCAAAGGUUUGAGUAAAAGCGGUGUGAUUGCUAUAAUCGUUAGUGAUGUGAUCGGUAUUUGUCUCAUUGGUUUGAUCCUCUCCUAUUGUUACUCAAGAAUCUGUUUUUGUGGUAGAAAGAAACAUGGGAAUGAGAAAAAAGGUAAGGGAAGAAACGAGUGUUUGUGUUUUAGAAAAGACGAAUCAGAAACUUUAUCCGAGCAUGUUGAACAAUAUGAUCUUGUCGCAUUAGAUUCACAAUUAGGGUUUGAUUUAGAUGAGCUUUUAAAGGCUUCGGCUUUUGUUUUGGGAAAGAGUGGGAUUGGGAUUGUUUAUAAAGUUGUUCUUGAAGAUGGGGUUACUUUGGCUGUGAGAAGAUUGGGUGAAGGUGGUUCUCAAAGAUUUAAAGAAUUUCAAACGGAAGUUGAAGCAAUUGGGAAAAUUAAACAUCCGAAUAUCGUAACUUUGAAGGCUUACUAUUGGUCGGUUGAUGAGAAGUUGCUUAUCUAUGAUUAUAUCCCCAAUGGCAAUCUUGGCACUGCAAUUCAUGGGAAGUCCGGUGUGCCAUCUUUUGUGCCGCUUGCAUGGUCCGCCCGUUUGAAGAUAAUGAGAGGAGCCGCUAAAGGUGUAGUCUACCUACACGAAUUUAGUCCCAAAAAGUAUGUCCAUGGUGACCUAAAACCAUCAAACAUUUUACUCGAUUCAAACAUGGAGGCCCAAAUCUCUGAUUUUGGCCUCAGCCGCCUCGCCAACAUAGCCGGAGGCAGCACACCGGCGGUCCAAUCCACCCGGGUGGUGUCAGAAGUUGCUUCCAACACCACCCCAACUGCCGCCACAUCUAAUACUCCGGCGACUCAGUAUCAAGCACCUGAAGCUUUCAAGGUGGUGAAACCUUCACAAAAAUGGGAUGUUUACUCUUUUGGGGUUGUGUUAUUGGAGAUGAUCACCGGAAAACCGCCGGUGGUGGCGGUUGGGGCGGAGGAGAUGGAUCUUGUUCAUUGGAUUCAGAUGUGUAUUGAAGAAAAAAAGCCGGUUUCAGAUGUAUUGGAUCCAGGGUUAGGGCAAGAUGUUGAUAAAGAAGAGGCGAUUAUAGCGGUUUUGAAGAUUGCAAUGGGGUGCACUCAAAGUAACCCAGAAAGAAGACCAUCGAUGAGACAUGUUGCUGAGGUAUUGGAUAGAUUGGGUCAAGAUUGAAUGGGAAUGGGAAUGGUGGGAAGUGUUGGGUGAGUUUUGGAUAUUUGGAAAGUAAAAGGGUGUAUGGUGUAAAUCUGGUGAGGGUAACCAAAGUGAAAAGUGGAGAAUGUAUUAUUUUAUUUUGUUUCUUUGCUUGUUCUUUUUCAUGCAAACAGUUGGAUGUUAAUUUUUUAAUGUAAAUUUUGGAAAACAUGUAAUUGUGUCA